CCCCUGCCCUCCCUCGGGCCCGGCUCCCGCCGCCGCCCUGCCCCGGGCCCGGCUGCCCUGCGCCUGCAUCGCCCGCGCAGAGCGGCUCCGCAGGGCGGGCGGGCGGCAGGGAGGGAAGGAGGGAGGGAAGGAGGGAAGGAGGAUGCAGCGGGCCGCGCUCUUCCGCGGCGGCGAUGCGCAGAUGGCCGCCGGGGACCUGGGCGAGCUGCUCGUCCCCUACAUGCCCACGAUCCGGGUGCCCAAGUCAGGGGACCGGGUCUACAAGACGGAGUGUGCCUUCUCCUACGACUCGCCCGAUUCAGAAGGAGGUCUCUAUGUGUGCAUGAACACAUUUCUGGGAUUUGGAAGGGAACACAUUGAGAGGCAUUACCGGAAAACAGGACAAUGUGUGUAUUUGCAUCUGAAACGCCAUGUGAUAGAGAAGGUACCAGGAGCAUCUGGUGGAGCUUUACCAAAAAGGAGGAAUGCUAAGCUAUUUUUAGAUCUAGAGACAAACAGUGAUCUCAACAGUGAGGACUUUGAAUAUGAAGAUGAAGCAAAACUUGUUAUAUUUCCUGAUCACUAUGAAAUCUCAUUACCCAAUAUAGAAGAGUUACCAGCACUGGUGACGAUAGCUUGUGAUGCGCUCCUAAGUGCAAAAUCACCCUACAGGAAGCAGGAAUCUGACUCCUGGGAAGAAGAGCUACAGGCAUCUAAACACGCCAAAACACUUGUACAGUUAGACAAUGGUGUUAGGAUUCCCCCAAGUGGUUGGAAAUGCUCAAAGUGUGACCUGCGGGAGAAUCUGUGGCUGAACCUGACAGAUGGUUCUGUGCUGUGUGGGAAGUGGUUCUUUGAUGGCAGUGGGGGCAACGGGCACGCCAUGGAGCACUACAAGGAGACGGGUUAUCCCCUGGCAGUGAAGUUGGGAACCAUCACUCCUGAUGGAGCAGAUGUCUAUUCCUUUGAUGAAGAGGAGCCGGUUUUAGAUCCGCACAUAGCAAAACAUUUGGCACACUUUGGGAUUGAUAUGCUGCAGAUGCAAGUGACAGAGAACGGGCUGAGAGAUAAUGAUAUAAAGCCAAGAGUCUCAGAAUGGGAAGUGAUUCAGGAAGCUGGCGUGAAACUCAAGCCCAUGUAUGGCCCAGGAUACACUGGCAUAAAGAACCUGGGAAAUAGCUGCUACCUCAAUGCUGUCAUGCAAGCCAUUUUCAGCAUCCCAGAGUUCCAGCGAGCGUAUGUGGGAAACCUUCCGCGAAUAUUUGACUACUCUCCUCUUGAUCCAACACAAGAUUUCAACACUCAGAUGGCUAAACUGGGACACGGCCUCCUUUCAGGCCAAUACUCUAAGCCACCCAUGAAAUCUGAGCUUAUUGAGCAGGUGAUGAAAGAAGAACACAAGCCUCAACGCAAUGGAAUAUCUCCCAGGAUGUUUAAGGCUUUUAUAAGUAAAGGCCACCCAGAAUUUUCCUCUAAUAGACAACAAGACGCACAGGAAUUUUUCCUACAUCUUAUAAAUCUAGUAGAGAGGAACCCUGUGGGUUCAGAAAACCCGAGUGAUGUGUUCCGGUUCCUGGUGGAGGAGCGCACGCAGUGCUGCCAGUCCAGAAAGGUCCGCUACACCGAGAGGGUGGACUACAUCAUGCAGUUACCUGUUGCCAUGGAGGCAGCAACAAACAAAGAUGAAUUAAUUGCCUAUGAAUUGAAGAGGCGAGAAGCAGAAGCUGCAAGGAGACCUCCACCAGAACUUGUCCGUGCCAAGAUCCCAUUUAGUGCAUGUCUGCAGGCCUUUUCUGAACCCAGCAAUGUAGAGGAUUUCUGGAGUAGUGCCCUUCAAGCAAAAUCUGCAGGAGUUAAGACUUCCCGUUUUGCUUCGUUUCCUGAGUACUUAGUGGUGCAGAUAAAGAAAUUCACCUUUGGCCUUGAUUGGAUACCCAAAAAGCUUGAUGUUUCUAUAGACAUGCCAGAUUUCCUGGAUAUCAGCCACCUUCGGGCCAGGGGGCUCCAGCCAGGAGAAGAGGAACUUCCAGACAUUGCUCCUCCCAUUGUCAUUCCCGAUGAUCCAAAAGAUCGUAUGACGAACCAUUUCAUGGAGUCCCUAGAUAUUGAUGAGUCUUCAGUUAUGCAACUGGCAGAAAUGGGCUUUCCUUUGGAAGCCUGUCGGAAAGCUGUGUACUAUACAGGCAACCUGGGUGCUGAAGUUGCUUUCAACUGGAUCAUUGCACACAUGGAAGAACCAGACUUCGCUGAGCCAUUGGUCGUAUCUGCAUUUGGAGAAGUUGCUUCCAGUGGGGCAGCAGCAUUAGGAGCUGUAGGGUUAGAUAACCAGCCUCCUGAAGAGAUGGUUGCAAUUAUCAUUUCCAUGGGAUUCCAAAGGAAUCUAGCAAUUCAAGCGCUGAAGGCAACAAACAAUAACUUGGAGCGUGCACUGGAAUGGAUCUUCAACCACCCUGACCUUGAGGAAGAAAGUGAACCUGCCUUGGACACGAUGGAUAUGGAGAACAAUGCUAAUGCCAAUAUCCUUGCAGACACAGGGUCAGAGGGACCCAGGAUCAAAGAUGGGCCUGGAAGAUAUGAGCUGUUUGGGUUCAUCAGCCACAUGGGAACAUCCACGAUGAGUGGCCACUAUGUUUGUCAUCUCAAAAAGGAAGGAAGAUGGGUGAUCUACAAUGACCUCAGAGUCUGUGCCUCAGAACGACCUCCCAAAGACCUGGGCUACAUUUAUUUUUACCAUAGGAUACCAAGUUAGACCUCAAAUCUAUUUCCUGGCCUUAAGAAGCCAUAAGCCUUUUUAACCUGCCCAAAAAAGCGUACAAUAAAAAAGAAAAUCUAAACCCAACAAAAGACCCCUAACCCUUGGACUGCCAAAAAGCAAAAGAAAACAUGGGAUGUUUAUAGUGUAUUUAAAAACAGUCAUUUGAUGCCGCCUUAAAUGUUAGACGGGAAAUUUCUAUUAGGUGCUGUGUAGUACAUUGUUUUAAAUUUAUACACCUUAAAGGCCAUGCAGAUUACUGGUGGAGUUUGCAACCAGUGUGGGGAGAAAGUGGAAGCUUCAGUGUUGAACAAAAAUAGCCAAGUACAUCCCAGCUCCUGCCUGUUCUGUCCAUGCAUCUGUUGAAAACCACGAACAAACAUUGGUGUCUUUGGUAAUUGAAAGCCAGUGUUUUCAACCAGAGCCAAGACCACUUGUGGAAAUCAUAUAAAAGUUGGAGGGAGAGGGUAUGUGACUGUUCUUCAAAGCAGAUCUUAUUUCAGAGGUUAUUUUCAGUGCAGUGAGAAAAGUCAACUAAAGUUAUGUCUGUUGAAAUUCAGUGGUAUAGUAUUUUGAUUUGCCUUUUUUGAUACAUAAGUCUAAGAGCCUAAUGGAGAUAGAAGCAAUCUCCUAUCAGUGCCCGGUACAUUUUCUGCCAAAGAGAAAUAGUUGAUUUUAUUUUUGCAGACAUAGAUUUCUUCAUCUUCUCUUGAAUGUUCAUUUUGCAAGUUCUUCCAACAGAUACAAGAUUACAGAUGGCUAAAAGAAGCAGACUUUCUGACUGUGAAAUUAAACAUAUACCCUCAGGAAAGGCAAGGCUAUUAUUUAAAUUUGGGUUUCAUAUGGAGGAGAUAAGGAAGGGUUUAAUGUCCUGUUAUAUUUACAUCCUGGAAACUUACAUCUAGACAACUCAUAUUCCAGCUGAAAUCAACUCCCUGACGAAGUAUUCACAGUGAAAAUCUGCUUUCUGCUAAGGAUUCUUUAAAUACAGAGUUUGCUCUGUGAGCAGGGGAAAUUGCCUAGUAAAAUUGCUGAUUUAUUGAUUUGCCCCUCUUUCUCCCCCUUAAAAAAACCAAACAACAAAACCCAACAAGAACAAAAAACCUUAAAUUGAUAUUUCAGCCUUCUUAAAACUUGCAAACACACCAAUAAUCUGAUCUCUUCAAUAGACACCUUCUGAAAGGUGUUUGAUGUCUCUGGCAUGGUUUAAGGGGUGGGUAGGUAGGGGCUGGCCUUUCCUGUCUGUUUUUGUUUUUUUGGUGUUAUUUCAGGUUGUUUUACAAUGAAGAAUAUAUAUGUGGGCUUUUAAAUUAUAUUUGAAAACACUGAUUCUAGAAAAAUUACAAUGAUGAGUGUGAAACCUUUCAUGAUUCCAAAAAAUACCCCAAAGGUUCACAGUGUUGGCCACUGCUUAGAGACUGUUGCUGGAGUUGCCUUGUACAAUGUUACUGAGCUCUCAAAAUAAAUUGCAACAGUCAAAAAACCCUCUUCCUUACAGAGUGGAGGAGAACCCAGGAAGUGUAAUUGCAUUUUCUCUGCAGUCAGUUCCUACAACUUUAAUAGCAAAAAUUCAGGCAGCUACACACUACAAAAGAGAACCCAAAUUAAAUGUCUAGGUACGAGUAGGGUAUUUUAUUUUUUUCCCAGUGUUUGGGGGAAAAUAGUUCUCCCUCUGAUCAUAAAGCCUCACGCAGAGCCAAAAAACACUGUUGUUUUUUUUAAUCAGUUUUUGAUCUUAAAAGAUUUGGAGAGAAACUCCAGUGCAAUAAUUCUGUACAGUGUAAAGGUGCCUAAUUGCUGGGAAAGCUCCCAGCACUUAGUGCUCUUAUUGACACAGAAUCAUGGUGUCCUAGCAUAUUAAUAAGUGUCCCCUGUGAGAUUCAGCUGCCUUGUAAUUAUUGAACCACCAAUUCUGGAUGAAAUAAAAGCUGCCAGUAAUUUUUUUCCUUCUUCCAUGUUUUAGAUAGUUGUGUACUUCACCAGAAAAUGGCAGAUCUGAAAAUGGGAUCAGCAAAUCAGCAAAUUAUGUAGUGAUACAUCCUCUAUUUAAAGUGAAAGUGAAAGAGCAAAACUUCCGUAUAUCUACAUGUUUUUUCAUUCUGGCAGUAGGAAAAGGAGAAAAGGCCUUUUUUUUUUCCCUCCUUUUAAAAAAAAAAGUUGUUUGUUUUUUUUUUUUAAUUCACAAUUAUAUUCCAAGGAAGUUCAGCACAACAGCUUCCCUCUUGCCUUGUGAACUUAAAGGGCUAUUUAUAAACUAACAAGAUCUGGUGGUCACUGCCUUUUUAUUUAGAAAAGUUGGGUAAAUAAAGGCCAACAGAGUAAUUCCCAUGUUCAUUAUUAAACUGGAAGCAUGGCUGGUCUUGUAGGAUCAAGGAUGGAGCUUGGACUAUUGCAAACUAUUUGUCUGGUGCAUCCUAAAACUGUAAUGGCUGUGGGACUGCCUGAUGUCACAAGGCACACUUGGAAGGCUGGGAGGAGAUAAACUGGAAAUAGUAACUGAAAGGGGAGAGCCCUUGGCUGGCUGUGUAAGGGAACUGUAGCAGCUCAGCUCCUGAAAGUUCUUUUUAGUUCAUGACUCGUGUUCUGCCCACCCAAAACCACCAAGCUGGUCAGGAGUGCAGGGAGCAGUUUAGGGGAAGGGCUUACAGGACUUCUGAAAUUUAGCAGUUAGAAAUAUGUUAGAAAUUCUUCAGUCAGCUGCUUGAGGCAUUAUUUUAUUCUCUCCCAAAGCAGUGGCUUCCCUUCUUUUUCAAAUUGCUGGUUGUCUCCCUUUUGUGAUGGGAUAUGUGUGAAGAACAUCUUGAAUCUGGAGGACAGGAUGUAAACUCCUGACUCUUCAGCCUAAUGUGGGGGAGAGGAGUUUGUUUUGGUGGUUUCUUUUGUUUUGUUUUGUUUUGUUUUUUAAACUACGGCAUGCAGAAACCACACUCAAACAGCCUGUACUGAAUAAUUUAUCAGGCUUUGGCUGCUAAAAUUUAUAUAUGCUGAGUUGUGCUGGGCCAGACCUCAGUACACAACCUGGGCACACUCCCUGUGUCUGAGUGGUGGAAGAGCUGCUGGGGAGUUCAGUGUGCUGAGGGCUUCUUGCCAAAAAAGAGAUGGAGGAAGAAAAAUCACUGUGAGCUGUUUGAGACAAUCUAACCUGAGAAUUAUGGCAAGCCAGGACUUGGCAGUGAAUAAUUCUCUUAUUUCUCAGACUGAUUUUUACUUCUAUGUAUAAUACAUUUAGGUUAGGAAAUUGGAAGGAAGAAAAACUCAACAACUUCUACUCGUUUAGAAUAAAAAUUAAUUUAUUCAGAGCUGUGGUUUUACAACAAGUGUAGAUGUUUCUGAACUCCCAUCACUUGAAACUCUACUGGGUUCAAUGACAUUACCUCUGACUCACUUUGGUGGAACUGAAACCAGCCUCAGCCUAGUUCUUUGCUUCAGGCAGCCUCCACUGGGUCACAGAACACAUUUGGAUUAUGGGUACAACCAGAGCUCAUUAGAUUGCUUUAGAAGCCUCUCCAAUUCAUUCCUUUUGUUCUCCAUCCUGGCAGCAGCCAUUUUUAUCCUCUUUGCUGCUUUCAUGCAUUGAAAGACUAUGCAAAAUAUGUAACUGGACAUUUUAUUGUUUUCCCCAUCACCCUUCCUACUUUAAUGGCUGAGAUCAGUGUCUGAUUUCUACUCACUCUUCAGUGGUUUUACUGUUGUAUCCUGGAAAUGUCUGUCCUGGUUUACUUUGCACCACUCAGAAUUGUUUGCUUGAAGCACUGUUAACUUUUUGGAGAGUAUUUGUCCAAGAUGAGAAAGGUUGUGAAUGACAUUGUUGCAACUGUUUUAAAUUAAAAAGAAAUAUUCUCACAUCUGG